CCGUUAUUUCUUCCUAUGCUCUUCCUAUGCUCUUUCGCCCUGGGAAUGGCCGUCAGUGUCUACGCCCUCGCCCCCGCCUCCGAUUGCAACCCCGCUUGUUUGCUACAUGCAAUCUAAUCUACUCUACACCUGGCCAAACUGACUAAACCAGCCCUCUUCUUCCUUCCUUUCUUCUCCUUUUCCCUGUUUCUCCAUCCGUCUCUCCCACACUUCACCCACCCGGAUCCCACCGCCUGUCCGAAGCAGCACACUAACCGCCCCACCAUCUGCAGCACCAGCACACAGACAUACAGCGCCCGCAUCUUCAGUAAACUUCACAAAAUGACCAAUUCCUGGACGGAGCACCAUGCCGAUACAGCCUCGAUUCGCUCGAAGAGGUCACCCCGCAGGACUCGGAAAUUCUUCUCGCUCUUGUUGAUCGCCUCCCUGUCAAUAUGCCUUACUUGCUCUUCAAACAACAGCAUCGGCCGUGCUCACGCUGUACCGACACGCCGGCGGUUACCACCAACGUCAUGCGCGCCUCAUACAGUGCCCACAAGGCCCACGUUGACCAAACCAAAAGUCGAUACGGCUGCCGCAAUACUCACUAAGGCCGUAUUCAAGCGUGCCACACUGCCGGAGGACCCAAUUUAUGCGCUUGUGAAGCGACUCUUGCCGGUGCAAUACCAUGAUCACUUCGUGUUUUCCCUCAAACCAGACCUCGUGCCUGCGUCCUCGACCAACAUACACGACACCUUCAGGAUCUCAAACGGGAGUGAUGGGGUCAGCGUCGUGAUCGAGGGGGCCACUUUGUCAGGUUUAGGCGCAGGACUGAACUACUACAUCCGAAACAUCUGUCAGGUCGAGAUGUCAUGGAGCGGCGAUAGGUUCAGUGACAUGCCAACAGUGCCUCCAGUAAUCGAUACGGCCAAGGGAAUCAUCAGGGCGAGCUUUGUGCCAUGGCGAUACUACAUGAACGUAGUUACGUUCGGAUACUCGUUUGUGUUCUGGGACUGGACACGAUGGGAGCGGGAGCUUGACUGGAUGUUCCUAAAUGGCAUCAAUAUGGCGUUGGCGAUGGUUGGACAGGAGUAUGUCUUCCGACAAAUGUACGAAAACCUGGGCUUGACACGAGAGGAGCUCAAUGGAUUCUUUGCUGGGCCAGCAUACAUGCCUUGGCAACGUAUGGGCAAUAUUCAAGGCUCAUGGGGCUUCCCGAAUGAUACACAGUACAAGAAUGAUUGGAUCGACAGUCAAUGGGAGCUGCAGGGACACAUUAUGGGUAGGAUGGACGACUUCAAUAUCACGGCCGUACUGCCGUCCUUUAACGGUUUCGUUCCUAGGGAGCUCACCAAAAAAUUUCCUGACGUCAAGUUCCAAAACGCCUCGGAUUGGAACUCUAUAGGCGACACAUUUUCCCGCGUCACCUUUGUCGCCUCAACGGAGCCGCUUUUCGCCAAUUUGACUCAGCAAUUCUUGCAGACUCAGAGCGCACUCUAUGUUCAGCAGGGUCUCAGUUACAAAGGCAACAAGAAUUACUAUCUUCUGGAUUUGUAUAAUGAGCUGCAUCCAGUGUGCAUGGAAAUCGAGUGCUUGAAACAGAUCACCAGUGGUGUUAUGGGAGCUUUAAAGAGUGCCGACCCAAAUGCAGUUUGGACCAUGCAGUCCUGGUUCCUGUUGAACCGAGAUCUCUGGCAUGAGCAGGAAAUUAAGGCAUUUUUUGAUGGGAUCCGGACGGUGAACGACGGACGAGAUGCGUUUGUGAUCGAUCUGUACUCGGACGUGGCACCCCUCUGGAAUGUAACACAGGGGUUCUUUGGCAUCGAUUGGGGUUGGAGCAUGCUGAACAACUUUGGUGGUGGCCAGGCUCUCUACGGCACGCUGCCGACGCUUCUCACGGAACCCUUCAAAGGAUAUCAGGAACCCGCCAAGGCGAUGCGCGGUAUGGGGAUUACGAUGGAGGGCAUCAACAACAACGAAUACCUCUACCAACUCAUCCUCGACAUUCCUUGGGAGUCUGUUGAAGCUACGUACCCAUCUACUACGAAUGACAACAUCAAACCUGCCGGUCAAGAAUUAAGUCAACCUCCACUGGACGGCCAAAAGCACCUCGAGGCAUAUCUGAAGCGCCGCUAUGGACCUAACCAGACCUCGGACGCGGUUCUUGAGGCAUGGACCACACUUUCACAAACCGUAUGGGACAUCCGCAACGGGCAAAUGUCGCAGUCUAAGUCGAGGCUGGAUGUCACUCCCUCACUCGACAUGGAUUACGGAGGUUUUAUGUCAUCGUUAGUUUGGUAUAAUCAGACCAAGGUAGUUCAAUCCUGGGGCCAGCUUGUGCAGUCGACUGAGACGGUGGAAUCAAUGAGGAGACGAGGUCCUGGUGUGAUCCAGAACUCGAUCGAGCAAGUCUUAAGGAUAACCAGCGGUAUGCUGAUUAAGGAAGCACCAAGGAUCGAGAAGAGGGCCUUCGUUUCUACCCCCACAGCGUCCUUUACAAGCCGAAUCCGAGGUUCCCAGCAGAAAAGUGGACGCCCUGACCGUGGAAGCAGCUAUCAGAUCAUGGCCUCAUGGCUCACGCUAUUGAACUCUGACGAUCCACAGUCAUACACCUAUCGGCCUACAAAUCUCAAAUCGACAGCGCUCCCAAAGUUGUCCGACCUUCCUUUGAACGUAUCUAGUUUCCAAUACGAUCUCGUGGACGUGACUCGCGAGAUCAUGGCUGCAGUCGUGCUGCCUGGUCUGCACCAUGAACUUGUUGAUGCUUAUAGAUCCAAGGAUCUAGAGCUGACAAGAUCUUGGGGUAAGCUCGUGUUGGAGGCGAUCUUGGAUACGGAUAGGAUAUUGGCAACGCACUCUCAUUUCAUGCUAGGACCAUGGAUUCGAGAUGCUCGUAUCUCUGCCCGAGUCGUCGAUUCAACGGUCCCUACAUACACCCGAAACAGGACUCUGGAUGACAUGAACCUCUACGCGGACUAUUUGGAGCAGCAGGCUCGGACGCAGGUUACAUGGUGGGGUCCGAAUGGUCAAACGUCACUGUCGAACUAUGCGUCUAAGGAAUGGGCAGGAAUUGCCAAGGAGUUCUAUUACCCGCGAUGGCGGAUCUUUAUCGAUUACCUUGUUCAGGCAUUGGAGAAUGGCAUUGAGCUGGAUUACCGGGCGUACGCGGCGGCAUCAUUGCAAGAAGAAGCGAAAUGGCAGGCGCAACGAACGUGUCUCGGCAAUGGAUGUUUUCCUGGUGGUCCAUCCAAGGAGAGUAUGGGCGAUCGGGUUACGUUCCCAGUGGAAGCCGUGGAGGACACGGCCGAGGUGGCACAAGACUUGUGGGACCAAUGGCAUCAAUUAGCGAUGCGGCUUGCCCAAAAAGCCGAGAAGGAGAAGCAGAUCAAGUAGUUGUAUCCAUGAAAUAUAUUCGUAUUCAU